GGCGCGUCCGCAGCGGCAGCGCGCAGGGCAGGGCGCGAGCCGGCCUCUGAGCCCCGGCCUCGGACCGCCCCCUCCGCGCCCGGCACGCCCGGCGCCGCCUUUCGGCCCCUGUCCCCGGCUCGGCCUCUGCCAGGUCUGACUCGCGGCGCGCGCGGCCCGGAGGCUCUCGGCGAGCGCGGCGCGGUAACAAGUGGGCAAGGAUGCCGUACGAGAUCAAGAAGGUGUUCGCCAGCCUCCCCCAGGUGGAGAGGGGUGUCUCCAAAAUCAUCGGCGGCGACCCCAAGGGCAACAAUUUUCUUUACACCAAUGGAAAGUGCGUCAUCCUAAGGAACAUCGACAACCCGGCCGUGGCUGACAUCUACACGGAGCACGCCCAUCAGGUGGUGGUGGCCAAGUAUGCGCCCAGCGGCUUCUACAUCGCCUCUGGAGAUGUAUCUGGGAAGCUGAGGAUCUGGGACACCACGCAGAAGGAGCACCUCUUGAAGUACGAGUACCAGCCUUUCGCUGGGAAGAUCAAGGACAUUGCUUGGACGGAAGACAGUAAGAGGAUCGCAGUGGUCGGGGAAGGACGGGAGAAGUUCGGAGCCGUCUUCCUGUGGGACAGCGGCUCCUCUGUGGGCGAGAUCACGGGGCACAACAAAGUCAUCAACAGCGUGGACAUCAAGCAGAGCCGGCCAUACCGCCUGGCGACUGGCAGCGACGACAACUGCGCCGCGUUCUUUGAGGGGCCACCGUUCAAGUUCAAGUUCACAAUUGGAGACCACAGCCGCUUCGUCAACUGUGUGCGAUUCUCUCCUGAUGGGAACAGAUUUGCCACGGCCAGCGCCGACGGCCAGAUCUACAUCUAUGACGGGAAGACGGGAGAGAAGGUGUGCUCGCUGGGAGGAAGCAAGGCUCACGACGGCGGCAUCUAUGCUAUCAGCUGGAGUCCUGAUAGCACUCACUUGCUCUCCGCUUCCGGAGACAAAACCUCUAAAAUUUGGGACGUCAAUGUCAACUCUGUGGUCAACACGUUUACCAUGGGCUCCAACGUCCUGGACCAGCAGCUGGGCUGCUUGUGGCAGAAGGACCACCUCCUCAGCAUCUCCCUGUCCGGCUACAUCAAUUACCUGGACAAGAACAACCCCAGCAAACCCCUGCGGGUCAUCAAGGGUCACAGCAAAUCCAUCCAGUGCCUGACGGUGCAUAAAAACGGCGGCAAGUCGUACAUCUACUCUGGGAGCCACGACGGACACAUUAAUUACUGGGAUUCGGAGACGGGGGAGAACGACUCCUUCGCCGGGAAGGGCCACACGAACCAGGUGUCCAGGAUGACCGUGGACGAGUCCGGGCAGCUGGUGAGCUGCAGCAUGGACGACACGGUGCGGUACACCAGCCUCUCGCUGCGAGACUACAGCGGGCAGGGGGUCGUGAAACUGGAGGUUCAGCCGAAGUGCGUGGCCGUGGGGCCCGGGGGCUACACCGUGGUCGUGUGCAUCGGGCAGAUCGUCCUGCUGAAGGACCAGAGGAAGUGCUUCAGUAUCGACAACCCCGGCUACGAGCCCGAAGUGGUGGCGGUGCACCCCGGUGGCGAGACGGUAGCUGUUGGGGGCGCAGACGGGAACGUCCGCCUCUACUCCAUCCUGGGCUCCACGCUGAAGGACGAGGGCAAGCUCCUGGAGGCCAAGGGCCCCGUGACCGACGUGGCCUAUUCCCACGACGGCGCCUUCCUCGCUGUGUGUGACGCCAGCAAAGUGGUCACGGUUUUCAGCGUUGCUGACGGCUACUCGGAGAACAACGUCUUCUAUGGACACCACGCGAAGAUCGUCUGCCUGGCCUGGUCCCCAGACAACGAGCACUUUGCCUCGGGCGGCAUGGACAUGAUGGUGUACGUGUGGACCCUCAGUGACCCCGAGACCAGGGUCAAGAUCCAAGAUGCGCACCGGCUCCACCACGUGAGCAGCCUGGCCUGGCUGGACGAGCACACGCUGGUCACGACCUCCCACGACGCCUCUGUCAAAGAGUGGACAAUCUCCUACUGAGGAGCCCUCCUCGGAGGACCCAAUCAGGGACUCGGUUGAUCGCAGCUCAGUCACUCCUCUCUCUCUCUGCCCCGCCCCGCCCCGCCCCUGGGGGAGGGGCCUCACCUCGUGGCCGCCCCGGCCCCGCCCCCAGGGGAGGGGUCUCACCUCGUGGCUGCUUCGGCCCCGCCCCCGGAGGGAGGCCCGCCUCCUGCCCGCCCUGGCCCGCAGGGUGACCCAGUCUGUACACGUCCUUCUGAAAGCUUUAGACGGUGACAGUUUGCACAUGGAAAAUAAAGUGAGCACUUCAACAACGUGUGGCGCGUGACUCAAACCCACUGCCCGGCCCGCGCGGAACAUUCCAGAGGCAGAGCCUCCAAAGCACACAGACCCGCCGGUGGCUCCGGGAGGUCGUCCCACCCGCCCUCCCCACCUGCAGGGCCUUUCUGGUUCCGUACCUGCGAAGAGAGGGGCCGGCAGGGCAGAGCUGUAGCGCAGGUGGCGCCUGGUUCCGGGCUGAUGGGCGCGCGGAACCCAUGUUUCACUGUCAGUUUUUGUGCUUGAUUUUAAGAAUGGAUUCGUGGGAUUUGUGUUUUGUUGUUGUCUUUUUCCUAAAUGUAUCCCAACUGAUGCCUGUGAGUGUUUACGGCGCUGCCUCCGGGCCUUUAGAUCCCUUGCUAGCCAGUCAGGGAGGCAUCCCGAUCACCAUUUUGCCCUCCUGCUUUGAUGUUUUCCUGUCUUUUUUUUCCCCCCCUCUGCCCCCAAGAGCAAAGAUUAAUUUAAAGGCAAAGAUGGAAUCACUGUAAACUAACCUGUCCUCAUAUAUACCUUCCUUUUCUUUUCCAGUGCAGAAAUUAAAAGUAAGUAUAAAGCUCA